AUGUCUUCUAAUUCUACGGAACUUAACAGCUCUUCGGAAUGGAAGCUUGAAGAAAUUGUUUCAAUCAUUUUAGUGUGCAUUAUCUUUUUUGCACUGAGUGGUUGCUGCGGCAUAUUUAACCGUCUCUUUUGUGGACUUUGUCGUGCGUGCAACACUAGAAACCAGGUUCCAAGACGGGUUCUAAAUGAGUUCAUUCCCAAUGAUCCUUCUAUGCAGCUUCAAAGCCGUGGAUUGGAUUUCUCUGUGGUGAAGUCUCUUCCCAUGUCUCAGUUUGAGAAAAACGAGGGAGAACACAAGAGAACUAACGUGGACUGUGCCAUUUGCUUGGGAGAGUUUGAGGAAGGGGAAUGGCUUAAACAUCUUCCAAAUUGUAGCCACAGUUUCCAUGUUUCAUGCAUUGACACGUGGUUUCAGUCUCAUUCAAAUUGUCCUCUGUGCAGAUCCUUUGUGCAUGAUCAUCACCUCAUAGAGUGUUCUGUAUCUUCUCACACAUUCCUUGAGACUUCGAGGAGGGAAGACUUCUUUCAAGAGAGGGUUGAUCAUUAUCAAUCCAUUUUCUCUGAAAAUCAUGCUAUUAGAGAACAACAGUCCAAUCCCGGUUGA